AUGAAGUUCCUCCUCUUUGCCUCUACGGCCCUGGCCCUCGUUAAGCGACAGGGCGACGUCCUCCAGGCCGAUGUUAACGCCAUUAUCGCCAAUGUCAACAGCCUCCAAACGACCAUCAACGACUUCAAGGGCGUUGAGCAGGCCGAUGCUCUGGUCGCGGCCUCUGAGGCCGUUGUUUCCGCUAUUCAGAAGGCCGCCACAGAUGCCAAGGCCUCGCCUCCGCUCUCAUACGAUGAUAUCGCCCUGUUCAUCGAUCCUCUAGCCAACUUGAUCCCAGUUGUGCAGGCAACAGUUACCACACUGGUCGAUAAGAAGCAGCUCUUUGUGGAUUCCGGCCGUGGCUGCGAGGUUUAUCCCCAGCUUAUCGCCCAGCAGACUGCCACCCAAGCCUUCUCCGACAACAUUGUUCCCAAGGUUCCCGAUGAACUCAAAGAUAUCGCCAGUCAGAUCGCUGUUCCCAUCUUGCAAAGUUUGUCUGAUGGUGCUGCUGCCUUCAAGGACGUUCAGUGCGCUGCUACUUCAACCAGCUCGUCCGCAGCCGCCACUUCUACGACUACAUCUGCCUCCUCUUCCGAGCCUCCUGCCACUACUACGACUGCUUCUCAAGGCUCUACUGCUUCCAACAGCGUUUCUGGUUCUCAGACUGGCACUGCCUCUGAGACUGGUACCGCCACACAAACGUCUGCCACCGCCAGCGCUACUGAGACUGGCUCCAAGACUCACUCUGGCUCUGCUACUGCUACUGGAACUGAGCCCUGUGAUGUGACCACUACUGUCGAAGUCGACACCACUGAGACCGUUCCCUGCACCACCGAGACUGGAUCUGGCUCUCAGCCCACCGGAGGCUCUGGCUGUAAGGAAUGCGGUCCUGGAGAAACCAGCCCUGGAUCCGGAUCUGGACCCGGUGCCACGACUCUGACUCCCAUCCCGUCUGGCGGAAACGGAGGUAAUGGUGGCAGUGGCAGCAGCCCCUCUCCCUCUUCUCCCGUUGUUAUUGCCGGUGCCUCCCGAGGAGCUGUCCCCGUCGCUGUAGCAAUCGCUGCCGUUGUUGGCGCCAUGUUCUAA